AGGAUAAUGCAUGUAGUCACGUGUUUCUGUGCGUCUGUGUUUCCCGUAGUGAAAGGUCGGCAUGAUGGCGAGUUGUCCACAGGAGAAGCAGACAUGUUCUUGUAUUUCGAUGUAGGCUGUUAGUGGCCUGCACCUUGCCUGUAGGUCUAUGCUAGGUCUGUGCACACAAGCGUACUGUACCAGCUUGCCUCUCCAAAUAUCGGCCUCCAGCCGCCCACUCCGCUCCUUGCCUCUUGAUGCCAGCCUGAGUCACUGACGUCAGCGAGGGAGCGAGCGAGAGAGGGAGGCCAUGAGUUUUUGCGGUCCACGUGUCAGCAAAUUGUCGUGUAGAUGUAGAAGCUCCAUUGAUUUCAAAGAUCUCCAGGCACGUGGCAGGUGAAGCAAAGGCGGACAGCAAAAGGAGGAGGCUGUGCCUAGUCGUGUACAUGGCAGUCAGUGUGGGCCCACUGGGUAGGGGAGGACGUCCCCCUUGGCCGUCCCCACCCAUGCCCCGCCCGCCUGUCAUGUCGCGGCGAAGCCGUCUCCGCCGCCAGACAAGAGCAGGAGAUGGCGCUCUGCUGCUGCCGCAGCUUCUCGUGUGUUUGCAUGGCGCCUGCUUUGUCAGGCUAGUGCUGGUGGCUACCAUCCGAUGCUUGUGAGGUUGACCCUUUUCACUCGCUGCUCGCACCGACUGCCGGAUGGCGACGGCUACCUUUGAGACAAAAAUUGUGGCCGAUGCACCACUGCGUGCAGUGACAUGCCCCUUUGGAGUAAGGGCCGCCGUUUCAGCACCUGUCCGCCACUUAGCAUCCUCGCCCGCCUGCCUGGUGCACACGGUGGCUGCAAAACAGGGCUCCCCAGCCCACCAUACCUGCAGCUCUCCCUUUAGGCAGCGGGCUUUUGCAACAGUAAUGGAGGACGCUGCUUCAGCAGGAGAGAGAAGCACAUACACACCUGUUAAGCUGCCGCCCUCCGCCGCAUGUCCUCGUCCUCAUCGCUGCGACAUCUGUCAACGGUCCUUUCGUGAGCUGGCCACACUGCGCAAACACGAGCAACUGCAUCGUGCUGACCGCCCCUACGUCUGUCAGACCUGCGGCAAGUCCUUCCUGUGGUCAUCCAACCUUAAGGUUCAUGAGCGCGUGCAUACUGGCGAGAGACCGUACAAGUGCAAGAUCUGUCAUCGGUGUUUCACUCAGUCCAACGACCUCCGGCGCCACGAGAGGAACGUGCACAUGCGCGGUAAGAUUUACGGCUAUAAGCACGGGCCUGUGGGCGCUGGGCGUGGUGUGCCGGCCUCCGGGGUGGGCUCGCACGUCAACUUAGCCGCUUACCAGGCCUUUGCCAUGCAGCAGCGAGCUUUGCUGCAGCAAGCCUUAACUUACGAGAGCUACCUCCAUACCGCAUCUGUCUCCCAAGCGCAGAUGUUUUCCCAACCUCCGCCAGCCCCUCUCGUGCCGACAAAGACCUCGGAGGGUGUGCCCAUGUGCUUGCCAGGCAGCACGAGCACCUGCAGCGUGACGUCAGCUGUACCCGAGCGUCGUGACAUACGAAGGUCACCCAUAAAACUGGAACAGGUCACGCCACCCUCCACCCCGGGUGACUCGGAAGGUGGACAUGGAGAUAAGCGCGCUGUGACGGCCACCCCUUCUCACGUCUCAGACAGUGUGCACAGCCCCGCCGGCUCCCGCUACCCCGCCAUGUCCGGCCCAACACCCAUGGCCGCUCACUCGCCUCUCCACUCUCCUCCGGCACUCAUCUCUGUUGGGGGCCAAUACCAGAGGAAGGAAAACCACGCCCCUGUGCACCAGUCUCCACACCACUCGCCACAUCACAUGUCGCCUCACGCACCCUCCGGUCCUCUUCCAUCAUUCAGUAGCUUUAGACAGCUACCUCGAAGCUCCUCAGAGUAUGAGACAGAGCAAGGACACACUCCAAACUCGAUAAGCAUGAUGGAAAAUAUGAGAGGAGUCGACGGCGAGGACGAGAGAGACAAGUACCCAUGUGACAGCGUCAUGGAUCUCAGCAUCAACAAGACCCCGGAGUCCAGCUUGGACAAGCUGCGCAGGGACCGCAAUAUGCCGACACCCAAGACCCCCAGCAGCGAAUCAGAAUGCGAGGGUAAGCGAGAUGUGACUACUACAUCAGCCACACCUGUAGCAGAUAACGGCAUCCACCACUGCCAACACUGCAACAUCUUCUUCUACGACUACACCAUGUACCAUCUGCACGAAAGCCUGCACUUGCCCUACGCUGAUUAUCCCUUCCGAUGCCCAUCUUGUGGGAAGCACUGCCAAGACCGCAUCGAGUUUAUGUUCCACACGGUGUGGCAUGUCAAGUACCCGCACACCAUCCCCAACUAUCAACCUUUCAAGGAGAGCUUUAUCUCAUAAAUCGUUUACUCUCUGUCAGCCGCCGCGUGUCCGUCAGGGCCAUCAGUGGCUGUGAAGUGCUGUCUGCACCGUUUUGCUGGCGUCCGUAUCUACCUCAGUGUAUAACGGGUGACAUUUUCCUACCUGUAGCUUCUGCAGCUAUUCUGUCCUACCAGGUGCUGCUGUCAAAGCUGCCUGUCUUACUGGGACUACACUAGUCGUAGCUACCUACACUAGUGGCCCCAAAAAGUUGUGUCCUUUUACGUGUCUUCUGUUGACAUUUUAUCUAGAGUAUACCUCUUUAAGACAGACACGGGUCGUUUAACGGAGAGAGGCGGAUGCUUUGUGUGUCUAAGUUGCGAAACUAAUGUUACACAUCAUAAAAGUCCUCACAUUUUUGCAUAAAAGGAUGAUUGUUUUGCUCAGUUAGUAUACAAGAAAUUUUGUCAUGUUUGCGUGUUUAGAUGAAGAGUGCAAAUUCAGACUUACGGUAAACAUAAUAUCUGUUUCUUUCUUGUUUUUUUUUUAUUUGUAAGGUUCUCUUUUUGAAGGCGCGUACACACAUGCACUCGCAUGUACACACGGUCAAUCCCAUUUUAACAAUAAAAUAGAUAGAACUGGGAUAUUUCUGAUGACUUGCGCCGUUCAAAUUCCAUUUAAAUAUAGUAUUUAGGAUUUCUGGGAAAUGUUUCUAAAAUUUCGUCCGGUUAAAAGGAAUUUGAAAAGUAAAACAUACCGAUGGGCUGUUAGAUUAAAAAAUAAUGCUCAUCAUUUUUGUAAACAAGUACUGAGGUCAAGGGGAUAAAGGUCAUCGACAUCCGUUUUCACCAAGCAUCGGUUGAUGUGUUCGUGUUCUACCUGACGCAAAUGUCGAUGAAACCAUUUUUCCCUUCUUGACUUCACUUGCCCAUCAUAUUUUCAGCACACGCUCGCUUGUCAUUUAGACAAAUACCUAUUCGGCCCUUUCUUGAGAACAUCUGAGAUGCACAAGUUAUCUGCCAUCGGUAACUGUUUUUUCUGACUUUUAACAUGAAGAAAAACUUAUUUUUUUACCGAAUUAUUAUGAUGUCAGGUUCAUAAUGUGGAGAGAAAAGCAGUGUUGUUUACUAUUUUCAGGGUUUUACAAGCAGUAGUGCAUCACAAGCAGUAGUGCAUCUCAGUAUAUACAGACCAUACCUACAUGUUAUGGACAUACAUAGUACAGCAAUGUUGUGAAUAGUAAUGCUAAAAUUAUCAUUGUAUGCAGAAGAGGGAGCUGUUCUGAACAUAAUAAUUUAUGUAUUGGGUGUUGUUUAGGGUCUAGGCUUUUUUUAAGUGGCACCGAGCCUUUGUUUUGUGUUUACAUGGAACACCAGCGGUCUGCAUGCAACAGUUCGUCUUUGUCCCUUGCUGAACGUGAGUUUUUUUACGAUUGCUUUUCCUCAGUUCACAGACAUUCAAUUUAUAUACUUGAUCGAAUUUUUGUGAUAUUCUUUUGUUAAUAUCUCUUAUACUGAAAAUACCUCAAAUUCUUUCAUUCUGUAUUUUAAGAUAUAUAUAUAAAGAUGUACAUUUUUCGAAGUUAUUUCUGCACUGGUGCAAGACGCAUUCUUACCUCAUGUCCAGGUCAUACCUUUGUAUAUACAAUUGCUAGUAAUGUCUCAACAUUUGUGAAACACACUGAGAGAGCGGGUAGCUUCGAUAGCCUGGCUUCUCUCUGCUAGUUCAUACCUUGCUCACUGUUGUUCGAGCCUGUAGCUACAUCACAUCUGUAGCAUGACUGGUGCCAGACCACUUGGCUUAUUUACAUUCGCAAAGCACAUUGAGAAUGAAACCAUUUGACAUCGUCCCGUUUAAAUAUUUGAAUGUCCUUGGUGUGUAAUAGUGUUAGAUAUAGUGCGGGAGAAUCUGAUAGUGGUAAUUUAUUGUGGGAUACAGUAUGAAUUCUGUCUUCGUGCAGAAAAAUGCGCUUGUAUACAGCACAUCAUAGAACACUCCUCAGACAUACCUAUUCCUGUUUACCUCACCUGUAUAGACUUCUUUGUGCCUCAUUUGUAUACGAAAAUAUAGGUCAAAUACCUGACAAUAGUCAAAGACAUUCGCACAAAUAAAAUGUGCUAAUACAGAUAAAAUCAAGUUUUUUAUCAACAGCUGCUAAGUAAUCGAACAUCCAGUAACGAAUGCUCAGUUUAUUGUUUAUGGUCUCCGAGAGUCUAACCAUUUCUGAAAAUGUUCAGUUAUUUACUAAGUUUUUGUGACAGUAGUUUACUAACUUGAAAAUACUGCUAUUCAUCGUGUUAUCUGUACGAGAUGCAAAUCAGAAGAUAAAGCAGUAUAUUACAAUGGUCCAUUGGUAGGUAGCAUGCAGUUUAUGUAAAUAUGUGGCACACCUCUGUCCAAAGUGAUGCGAUGCGCAUUUUGUCUCGGAGGACUCAUGGAUGACCAUUACCAUCAGGUUCCACACUACUUUCACUUUAUGCCUGUUGGUGCGCUUGUUUUAUGUGGAAAACUCCCAAAAUGUGAGUAGAAAGUCUCUGCGAUGGCUUAUGUGCACGAGAGAGAGAAUUUCUGCGACACAGUUUGUAUUCAAGUUGUUACCUAGGCAGCGCGUGUGUUAGACUGAGAUACACACCUAGAGCCAGGUGUUAGACCAGCUACACGGCGAGCAUCGAACCUGAGACCUUCUGCUACUAAUUGGAGCGCACUAGCUUUCUUGUAGUUGUAUAGCAGUAGGUCCAGCCUCCAUCUUCAUCAGAAAGAAUACCAGCGAGAAUCACUUGAUAAUUGCGCUCGAUGAAUGUGGAAACCAAAAGAUCAAAAUUAAUUAAAUAGCAGGAAAGAUUUACCAAUC